AUGGUUUUCAUCCUUGGAGUCAACUUUUCCGAGCAGAAGCUCGUGAAGAAGGCACUCGAGUCUUUCUUUGCCCUCGGACCGACCACAUCGCACCGCAUCUUGGCCAAAUACUCGAUCUCCCCAAUGGUCAAGGUCGGCGCCCUACCCCCUAAGACCGUCACAGCCCUGACGGCAGAGCUCUCGACGAUGACGAUAGAGAACGACGCGCGAAAAAUAAUACGUCAGAACGUCAUGAGACUAAAGGACAUGGGAAGUUACCGGGGGAGACGACACGCCAUGAACCUUCCUGUUAGAGGACAACGGACAAGAACCCAGAUCGAGACGGCGAAGAAGCUCAACCGUGCCGAAAGGAAAUGGUGA